AUGCUUUCGCAUAAGGUCUGGCUGCGGCUUAGCCCGGGCUCGCCAGUGAAGCGCCUCCGCGCCGGCUACGCAGCGGGUGCAGCCUUGGAGAGCCAACCAAGAAGCCCGCUUCUGGUGGCCGACGAUGUGGCCCUGGGCAGCUUGGGGGCCAUGGAGCUUCUUCGCCGGAUCCGGGAUGGAGGCGCAGAGCACUCACAAACCCUGAAGAACUUUGAAAGCCACCGCCACGCAGCUCAGAUCUCAGGCGAAGUUCAGCUGCGCUCAGCAACUCUCCUGGCGGUCGCCUCCAGCGGCACGCCGAGCUCGGAGACGUCUCUUGGAACCUUUGCAACCGCAACCGAGAAGCGUUUCCUGCGACAUUUUCUGAUGCUGGGCUGGACAUGGGCAGUAGAGAACGUUGUGGAGGUCUACUCCACCAUUCUCUCGGCACGGCUGAGUUCCAAACUCUCGACGCUGGGCAAGGUCCACGGGAAGGCACUGCUGGAGGUCUAUGAAUUCGCCCGCACCGCUUUCAAGCGCAGCCCGAAAGCGCCAUACUUGACCUGGACACUGCGGGACGUGGCCCGGGCUUUGGCUGGCAUACUGGCAGCAGCGGCAGAUGACACGUCUCCGGAUACCCUUCGCGCCGCCUUCCAUCAUGAAGUUGAUCGCGUUUUCAAAGACAAGUUGAAGACAAGCAUUCACAAAGAGCUACUGCAGCAACACCUCCAAACCAAGCCGCUUGCAUCACUUGAAGCGUCCGCCACAGGGGAGGGCACGCCCAUGCGUGCGCCCGUGCGUGCCUUUUCAUGCAAAAAGACGGAAAGCUUACUGUAG